AUGCCUCUAGCGGUAAGUGAAGAAUGUGGUCCGAAUGAACAAUGGUCAAAGUGUCCAGAGACAUCUAGAGAUUGUGAACCAUCGUGCGAUUGGACGAGAUUCCCUGAAACGAUUCCUAAUUGCCCGCGAUCGUGCGGCACACCGCGAUGCAUCUGCAAGGAAGGCUACGUUCGUAUGACUAACGACGAGGAAGUUUGCGUUCCAUUUGAGUUCUGUGACAAGGAGGCUGAACCAUCUUGCCCAACAAACUCGACUUGGGCCAAAUGUGGAACAGCAUGUGAGCCAAGCUGUGCCAAUAUGUACGACACGGCCCCUUGCCCGGCCACUUGUGAAAAAUCCGCUUGCACUUGUGCUGACAACUAUGUGCGCCAUGAAGGACAGUGCAUCUACUGGGGAGAUUGUCCUGGUAAGUCCUAUAAUAAGUAA